UACACACGUAGCCAUUGACUCUACUGCUGACACGUAACUCCCUUUGAUAUAAUCUACAUCUUACCCUCGUUUAAGUGCUGUUUAAUUUGAGGAACGUGAAACACAUUUUACCAAUGGGGUCCCAACAAAUUGGAACUUUAAUUGAAUGAUGAUAAGAUUUGAGUGAAUCACAGCGUAGCUCCCUCUAUAACUAACUACCCAUUUUCAUCUUCACUUCACACUUACACAAACCAUCAAGCAUGUUCCAACCGAGCAUCCUAACAACCCUGGGCUCGAAAUUCGACGAAACCCUAUGGGUGGCAAAGAUCCGAAAAACCCUGGACGAAGAACUGGAAGAAGAAAUCGAAAUAGCAGUGACGAUCUUCGGCGUUCCAAAAGCCCUAAUGAUAUGCGAUCCGGCGUCGUACACGCCGCAGGAGGUGGCGAUCGGGCCGUACCACCACCUCCGGCUGGAGCUGUACGACAUGGAGCGGUACAAAGUGGCCGCCGCCAAGAGGAUCCAGAGGGAGCUCCAGAACGUGAAGCUCCAAACCCUGGCGGACCACCUCAUGAAGCACGACCUCCGCAUCCGCGCCUGCUACCACCGCCCCGUCAACUUCGGCCCCGAGGCCCUCGCCUGGAUGAUGGCCGUCGACGUCUGCUUCAUCUUCGAGUUCAUCCGCUUCUGCGGCAUCAAGCAGGGCAAGAUUCUCGGCAAGAUCCCCUCCGGUCUCUCCCACAUCAUCGAUUCCUCCGGGAACAAGACGGCGCACAACUCCAUCCUCAAAGAUAUCUUCAUGCUCGAGAACCAAAUCCCUCUGUUUGUCAUGAGGAUGCUGCUUGACCUGCAGUUCUCCUCCAAGGAAACCGCGGAUAACACGCUCCACUCCAUGAUGACGGCGCUCAGCAAUGAUCUCUCGCCGUUCAAGCCCGCCGAGAAGGUGGACACGGCGGUCGUCAGGGACCACGCUCACUUGCUGGAUUUUUUAUACCACUUCAUCGUGCCUAAAACCGAUCUAUCAUUUCCGCCGCACGAAAUCGAAGACGGCGAAUUUGGCGGAGGGAAGGAGGAGAAGGAAGGGAUGACGGCGGCGGAGGCGUUCGCGGAGCCGACUCACCUGCGGAAGUUGGCUAACAUAGUAUGGGCAAUGGUGUCGAAGUUAGUACGAGGGCCGAUUGCAUUGAUGAAGCGCGUGAUGUUCUCCAAACCCAUGAAAGUGUUGGUGAAACUGCCGUGGACGAUUCUGAGCAAGAUCCCCAUCCUGAAAAUGCUCAAGGAGCCAAUCGAGAACGUGCUCCAGACCUUGCAUAAUGCAAAGAAGGAAGACGGAGGCGACGAGGAAUCGGGGUCGAAGCAGAGCGACGACAAGCCUCCGCUGCUGGAGGAGAUCGCGAUCCCGUCGGUGACGCAGCUGGCGGAGGCCGGGGUGCAGUUCGUGGCGACGGAGGAAGGCAUCUCGAGCAUCAACUUCGACGAGAAAACCCUAACGUUCCACAUCCCGGCGAUCAACCUGGACGUGAACUCGGAGGUGGUGCUGAGGAACCUGGUGGCGUACGAGGCGUGCAGCGCGUCGGGGCCGCUGGUGCUGGCGCGGUACACGGAGCUGAUGAACGGGAUCAUCGACACGGAGGUGGACGCGAGGUUCCUGUGCGGGAAGGGGAUCAUCGUGAACCAUCUAAAGAGCGAGAAGGAGGUGGCGGAGAUGUGGAACGGGAUGAACAGGUCGGUGAGAUUGACCAAAGUGCCCUCGCUUGACAAAGUGAUAGCGGAUGUGAACAAGUUCUAUAGCCAGAGAUGGAAGAUUAAGAUGGCCAAGUUCAUGAAGGAGUAUGUGUUUGGGUCGUGGAAGAUUCUCACGUUUCUUGCAGCCAUCGCGAUGCUGUUUCUCUUGUUUAUGCAGGCCUUUUGCCAGGUUUAUUCAUGCAGUCGCAUUAUUCCCAUUGAAGCGCUCGAGCCCACUGUUACUGAUCCUAACUAGGAAACUUGCUAGUGUUUCUUUCAUCAAUUAUGUCCACAAAUUUUAUUCCUAGAAUAGAAGAAGAUUGAGUAUAUAUAUACGUAUUCUGUUUUUCUUUUUAUUUUCCAUAUGAUAAAGGAGUAGUAAUUUAUUGUAAUAAAAACACCGGUGUUUUAUUAUAAAUUAAAAUAUGAAAGGUA